AUGUUUAACGAGGUGCUAGCUGCGAAAGAAUGCUAUGCCGAAGUGAGUCAUGAAACGAAUGACCUUGUCCGCAGUAUCUUCGAUAGCAUGGACUCAACGGACACGGAAGAUGCUACACCGCAUAUCGAGGAUAAUCCAUUGCCCCGAAGCAAGCAUACCCUCUUCAAGCUCGAGAUUGCCGAAGUGCGAGAGCUUAUUGAGAAGAGAGACGCCUUUAAACUUCUCAGUGAACAGCUCGAAGAGGAGGCCAAGAACCUCCGUGCCGAGUUAGAAGUUUCCCGGAAGGAUCAUGCUGACUUGGUCGAGCAGGUCCAGCAAAAACUCGAUCAGAUUGAUCAACUCCGAGCCGAAAUGGAUAUAGUCAAAGCUGAGAGCGAUGAAUGGAGAGGAAAAAUGGAUCGUUUGGCCUCGGAAAAAGAGGCUGCUCGGGCACAAUUAACUUCAGCCAAAAUUCAGGCCCUUAAGGAAGUUCAUGCUCGAGGCUUUAAUUUAUCGGCUGAGAUUGAGGAUGCCAAGGUGCUAGAAACCGAUGCUAAGAAGCUAACCUAUCCCGAAGAGGAAGAUUCCGAGUGCUCAGUCAGGUCAGGGGGUGGAGAAAAGCUUGAAAAUCCCGAUGACGAGGCGGGAUCCGGCCAAGAUCGGGUUUCGAUGCUUCACCACAAGGCUUUUUUGAUGUACCGGGAUGACCUGAAACAACUCGAAGCCGAAGUUCGAGAGUUUAUUGAGAAGAGAGACGCCUUUAAAUUUCUCAGUGAACAGCUCGAAGAGGAGGCCAAGAACCUCCGUGCCGAGCUAGAAAUUGCCCGGAAGGAUCAUGCUGACUUGGUCGAGAAGGUAAAAGUUUUUGAAGUAAGUAUUGAUGAAUUUGAUUCGGUGACUGAUGGUCAAAAUUCGCAGGUCCAGCAAAAACUCGAUCAGAUUGAUUAA